AUGCCUCUGAAAGCCCACAUUCUCGACUCCAAGCUCGGCUCCAGAGCUAUGUCCACAAAAUACAACGAAGUUAUCAAGCCCCGCCAGGAUGACGAGCCCGAGGAUGUAACCUUCAACAGUCUGUACGGUCUCCGAACUGUUGAGCUCAACCGGCCGAAGAAGCUGAACUCGCUCAAUGCUUCCAUGAUCCGCAAAAUUGUACCUCGCCUUGUCGAAUGGGAGAAGUCGGAUCUGGCCAAUGUGGUUGUUAUGAAGGGAGCUGGCGACAGAGCGCUAUGUGCCGGAGGUGAUGUGAAAGCUCUGUCCGAUCUCAACAAGGAGGGUCCUGAGGGCCAGAAGAAAUCGACCGACUAUUUCGGACUCGAGUACAAGCUGGACCACCUUAUUGCGACCUACCAAAAGCCAUAUAUCUCUUUCAUGGACGGUAUUACCAUGGGAGGUGGUGUUGGACUCAGCCUGCACGCACCGUUCAGGGUUGCAACCGAGCGAACCGUUUUCGCCAUGCCCGAGACAACCAUCGGCUUCUUCCCCGAUGUUGGCGCAUCCUUCUUUUUGCCCAGGCUAGCUGGCUCUGUCGGCACAUACCUGGCCCUCACGAGCGAGCGCCUGACCGGCGCCAACGUCUUCUACUCGGGGAUCGCCACUCACUAUCUUCACUCAACGAGUUUGCCCAAGUUGGAGUCCCGUCUUGCCGAAUUGCGAUUCAGAGACUACGACGACACUAAGAAGCGACUUGAAAUUAUCGAGAUGACUCUUGAGGAGUACGCUACUGGUCUUCCUCCUUUGAACAAGGAGCCCAUCCUCAUCGCUGGGGAGCUUCGUAAUGCCAUUGACAGAUGUUUCAGCAAGGCGACAGUGCCCGAGAUUCUGCAAGCUCUGGAGGAGGAACAAGGACCUACAAAGGAGUGGGCCGAGAGAACGCUGGCUACUCUGCAGAAGCGCUCGCCGACUGCUGUCCACGUGGCUCUCAAGCAAAUGCAGGUUGGCAGGCGCUGGAGCAUCGCCGAGACCUUCCACAAGGAGCACAAGAUUGCGGCACAAUUUAUGCGGCACCCAGACUUUGUCGAGGGUGUUGACAAGCAGCUAUCCAAGGACCGCGGCACACCAAACUGGCAACCCGCAUCGCUAGCAGACAUUCAGCCCAAACAAGAUAUCACAGGGCCAUUUUUCCAGGACGAGAUUAGCGGCGUAGAGCCGCUGAGGUUACUGGUAGACCGUGACUACGAAGAGUACCCCUACCCGUAUGUUGGCGUGCCGACCGAAAAGGACGUGCAGAAGGCCGUCAAGGUAGGGUCCAAAUCCAAGAAGCAGAUUGCCGACGACUUUGUUCAGUUGAAGAAGGGCAGACAAGGUAUCCGGACGGUUGUUGAGGAGAUCCUGGCAAGGAAAACAUACGAAACAGAUGAGGGAGCAGCGGUUUGGGUUGACGAAACGUCAUAA